AUGAUGACGCAAGGACAACUCUGGCUUGGAGGGCUAGCACAGGACCUUUGCAACACGUUAGAAGAUUUCAAGUCGGCCCUCAGGCUGCACAACAGAGCGUCAUACGAGCUUCAGAGCCAUUCCGUCACCAUGUCGCCCUCUAACGACCUGAACAUAGUAACCAUGACCCUAGCCGAGGUGAAGACUUUGCUAGACGAAUCGUUCAGACUGAUUACGGACGCGCAGUUACAAAUGAAGGAGUUGAAAAACUCUUUCCACGCUAUUGCUACAUUACUGGCUACCUCCGUCAAAAAAUUGCAGGACAAGUUAGAGGAAACAGCCAGCACCUCCACGCCGUCUGAUCAGACUUUUGAGAUGGACAGUUCUUCUCUUUUGGAUAUAGAACAAUCUCUUCUCUACAAAGACACCAUCGCGCUAAAAGCCUUGUUCGAAAUCUUUGAAGAUCUGCCGUGGAGAUUGGAUUAUGCCUAUGUGUUUUACAUCUCUCCAGCGAUUAGGGCCGUUAACCAGCUCGCCCAGUACACCAAUGACCCGGAACAAAACGAAACUACCUUACAAAUCUGGUGGAAUCAAGCUCAGCUAUAUGAACCAGGGGCGCUAGGCAUGGCAGUCAACAUUAGAAGUUACCAAUCGAUGACCCGACAGCUCGCAACUGGUACGAUCGCAGCCCGGUAUCGAAUGACCAAACCGGAAGGCAAAGAAGCGAUGUACUUUCAGACUUCCACGAUUUUGGCGUGUUUACUGGCCAAACUUCUUUGCUGUCCAGAAAGCAAUAUCCCGCUAAAUACCUAG